CGCUCUCACGCCGCGGGGCCCCGCCCCUUCAGGCGGUGCUUCCUGGCGGCCAGCCGCUGCCGCAGGGCGCGCGGGUCCGGUCCGGAGCGCCAUGUCCCGCCGGGGCUCCGCUCAGCAGCAGAAGGCAGUGCAGGCCAUGGGGCCACGGGCUGCGGCAGGGCAGGCGGGGGCCCAGCAGCUGCAGGAGCUGUGGAGCCGGACGGAGAGGGCAGAACGGAGGCUGCUGGCCUGCGAGAACCUGGUCGGGGAGAUGCGCAGCAACCUGGCAGCCCUGGGCAGCCUCCUGCAGGACUAUGGGCAGCUCCAGCAGCGGCUCGACAAUGUGGAGAACCUCCUUAAGAACAGGAACUUCUGGAUCCUGCGGCUGCCCCCCGGUUCCCGGGGUGAGAUCCCCAAGGUGCCACUGACGUUCGAUGACAUUUCAGUGUACUUCAACGAGCAGGAGUGGGAGCGACUGGACUGUUGGCAGAAGGAUCUGUACAGGGCUGUGAUGAGGGGCAACUACGAGACACUGAUCUCCCUGGACUAUGCCGUGUCCAAGCCUGACAUCCUCUGCCGGAUCGAGAGGGGUGAAGACCUCUGCACCAAAGACAGCCAGGAGUCCCCACAGACAUGUAUCAGAGAGGAUCAGGAGCCCCCACAGGCACCAGAGGAGGAUGACCAGGUGGAAGAGGCUUUGGAAGAAGAUGAAGUUCCCAUGGAAGCUAACAAAAGACUUUCUGAUUCUCAUGCUCUGCCAGGGAGGAGGGGAAGCCGGGAGGAAGCAGAGACAAGACACCUGACCCAAACUAGCCAAAGAGAGAAUACGGUGUCCAAGCCUGACGUCCCCUCCCAGAUCGAGAGGAAUGAAGAGGUCCCUGCCAAAGAUGUCCCAAAGCUCCCACGUAGACGUGCCAAGGUGGGUGAUGAGCCCCGACAGACACGCAGUAAAGCCAGGCAGAAGGCUCCUCAGACAGGCAUUACAGAUGGUCAGAAGCCCCGGCAGACACCAGAAGAGAUGAACCAGGUGAAAAAGGCUUUGGGAAAAGAUAAAGACCCCGUGGAAGGUAACAGAGAACUCCCCAUCCUGGUGAUGAACGUUAUGUCCCUGAGUGCACAGAAAAAACAGCUGCGGAGUGAAAAUCGGCCAGAACCGGAGAUGGGAGAGAACCUGGCUGAGCCCAGCACCAAGGAAGGUUUAUUAACAGAAAAAGAAACGGCACGGGACAAAGCUUCUCCUAAAAACGUCAAGGUGAAGGAAGAGGAGCCUGCGGUGCUACAAGGGGUUUCUGCAGCCUCUUCCAGCACGGCUUUCCCCAACGGCCCCAAAAGUGAGCAGGGCAAGGCCAGGAGCAAGAAGAAGCCGAGCCGGUGCGAGAGAAGCAGCCUGCUGAUGGGCAACUGCCGGCGCGGCUACGUGCGCGAGUGGUCACACCCCUGCACUGAGUGUGGGAAGCGCUUCCGCCUGAAGAUCAACCUCAUCAUUCACCAGCGGAGCCACGCCAAAGAGGGGCCCUACGAGUGCGCCGUGUGUGAGAUCAGCUUCACGGACAAACGCCAUCUCGACCUUCACCAGAGCAUCCACAUAAAAGACAGGGCCUUUGGUGCCAAGGUCUGGGGGAAUGUCCACCCCGAGCUGAGGAUCCGGCCCAGGGGGAAGUUCUGUGGGGCUCUCUGCAGAGAUGCCCGCAGCCUGCCCAGUAGGACCUAUGCAGGGGGAGGGCCCUGGCUGGCCCAGCCCAAGGAGGAGGUGGACAGCCCGAGCCUGUCCAGCACAUGUUUCUCCCGGCAGCAGACCCCUAAGGCUCAGAAGAAGCCUGUAAUGAAAUGCAACCUUUGCAAAAGGAUCUUCUCUUGCACCUAUAACCUCCAUCGGCACCUGCAGACCCACACACAGGAGAGGCCGUACUGCUGCUCCACCUGCAAGAAGUGUUUCACCCGCAAAACCCACCUCUUGCGCCACGAGAAGAUACACAAGCGCCAGGCGGCUGUGGUUGUGGUCCAGCAGAGUGUGCCAGUGUUCCAGCAGCCCCAGCCGCAAGAAACCCCAGAGGUGCCCAUGACCAGGAGUGUUCCUCACUCGCUAGCUGAGGCAUCCAAGAGGAACACGAGCCCUCCAGCCAAAGCUGUACCAGCAAACGUGCUCCCACUCGGCCUGGCAGACCUCAGGCUGGACGUGAGCUCCCAUGGCUGGGCUGGGCAGGGCGUCCAGCCUGUGGUUAGGCUGGGGAACAGGGCAGUAGUUUCAAAGCUGAUGGAGAAAUGAUAAUGGGCAGAGCCAAACUGCUCGUGACCUCAGAGAGGAACUGCAUGAGCACUGAUAUUGCACAUAGCGAGACACUGGGAUUGUGAACCAUCUGUCCAUUGGAUUUUAGGAGCUUUCCUGAAUUGCAGAAGGAACCAUAAGCUUGGAGGUAUCAUAAGCAGCAAAUUACAGAAGCCUCCAGUGAUCCAAACCACUUUGCCAUUCCUCAGACUCUUGUGUCUACUGGCUUUUGCCCCAAGUUUUCCCAAGCAGACCUUUCUGGGGAAUCAUCAGCUACAUCUACUGCAGCCAGAGAGAGGAACUGCAAACAGCAGCUGAUCACCCGUUACUUGAUGGCCCCUUGUGUGUGGAAACACAGUGACGUGGUGAAGAGGACAGAGGGAAGGGAAUCAAGCCAGUGAGCCAGGCAAGAUUCCCAAAGAAUGCUUCACUGACAAAGUGUGUUGACCAGGACACUGGAUGAAGAGAGUGUGGCAUCUCCAAGACCCCAGUGUAUACUGGCCGUACUUGGCUGAUACCCCACCCUGGUGCCAAAAUCUGCAUUGGAAGAUCCAUAGAACAAAUCACAGCAUAACAUUUUCCGCCUGUGAGGGUGCUGCAGGUGAUUUCAAGGUUCCAGCAACACCCCUUCUGGCAACAAUGCCAGCCUGCAGGAGCCUGUGAGUGUCAGUCCUCUCAGGAUGAGCCUGCAUAUGUGCACUUCACAGGUAAGGUGACUCCUGCAGCACUACAGCACUCCAUGCAAAGAACCCUCACCUCGUGGCAGCUGCCACACAUCAGCACUGGCUGUUGCCUAGUCCCACUGCAGAAAGAAGGAAGCCCUUGCUCUCCAAACUGCACGUUGUCUCCUUUAGUCACGUGCAAAAUCCCACUGUAACUAAUCCCAUGGAGGACUAGUUCUGCUACCUCAAAUGGCUUAUGGAGCGAGGCCUGCCCUGAGGCAGGCAGGUAAUGGAAGCCUGGUAAGCGACGGAAGGCAGGCCCAGCAGCCACAGAAUCAUGGAAUCAUAGAAUGGUUUGGGUUGGAAAGGACCUUAAGAUCAUCUAGUUCCAAUCCCUUGCCAUGGGCAGGGACACCUCACACUAGACCAUGUACAGAGCAAGGUAGCACCAUGCAGCCCAGAGGAGCUGCUGAGACUCUUUAGUUUUUCUGUUCAGGAUUGUUUUCUUUCUUCAUUGCUUGAUGUAAUUAUUUGACACCCCCAAGUCUGCGUACUCCUCCAUGCAGGUUGCAUGGAAAAGCACUCUGCUUUUAUCCCAUUUCUCAUUCCUGGCGACUCCUGCGGGAGACGUGGCAGUGUCAUUGCUGCUCCCUGGGGACACACAAGACUUCCCACUGCUCCUCUGGGAUGGUUUCUCACUCAGUUCCUGUCUCCUGGCAUUGCAGUGCCUGGAUGCAGUGUUUGCCAUGAGGGGGUGAUGGUGCCUCGAAGGGCUGGGGCUUCCUGCAGCAGAGCACUGCAGGAUACCAGGGCCAUUGAUGCUUCAUGGUAGUGUGGUGAUGAGUCUGGAGCAGUGGUGUGUGUGGUAGUGACAGCACUGGUUAUCCCUUCCUGGGUAGAGCUCCCAUGUAGGUUCCAAUGACGUGUCAUGGUUUUGCUGGUGGGUGAUGCCUCCGAGGCCCGCACAAGCGGCAUGGAGGGGCCAGCCUCUCCCUCUGGCCAACUGCCCUGGCUAGCGCUUUUCCUUUGAAGCCGUCAUGAUUGGGACCAGCAUUUCCUAUGAAAUCCCAGACCCUUUUCUCAGGCUAUGGAAUCAAUAAAGUAUUUGUCUGUA